GCAGUCUUCCCCUGCUAUCUACGGAACAAACACUCCAUAUCUGUUGGAAAGAUAACCCCCGGAAUAAGUAUAUAUUAUUGGUAACAUCAUUUCUGUCAGUAUACGCAGUUCGGGGAAUCGUGCGUGCCAUUCAUACGAGCCACCGAUCCCGUGAUAAGAGAUAAAUAUUAGAUCUUUGUCAACCAUUACUUCCAUACAUCAAUUGAUGACCAUGCCACCUACUCUUAAACCUCUACAAACCAUCCAGAAAGUCCGUCUUCCAGGCAAAGACGCAACCUGGGACAUUGCCAUCUCCCCCGAUUCUCCCGGAAUCAUCACCUCCGUCACCCCGCACCUCGACCCCAAUACCAAUGAGUAUGCACCUCUCGCCCUCCCCGCCCUGACACACCCCCACAUCCACCUGGACAAGGCCUUCAUCCACAACUCCCCUGACUACGCACACCUUCUUCCUUCCACCGGCUCAUUCGCAGAAGCACUGGCCUUCACCACCGAAGCAAAGCGGUUCUUCACGCGUGAUGAUCUCCUCCGGCGCGGGGAAUGGCUUCUGGCCGGUUCCGUCGCUGCAGGGGUCACGGCCAUGAGGGCGUUUGUGGAAGUGGACCAUACAGUGAACCUCACCUGUUUGGAAGCCGGAAUUUCUCUAAAGGAGAAGUGGAAUGAGGCAUGUGCGGUGCAAAUUGUAUCGUUCGCGCAGGAUCCGAUAUUCUCCACGGAGCAUGGGGAGGAAAAUCGACGGCUCAUGGAAGAAGCGGUGCGAUGGCCGCAGGUUGAUGUGAUCGGGACAACCCCGUAUGUGGAGGCGACAGCGGAGGCGGCAAAACGGAACAUCGAGUGGGCGGUUGAGGCAGCCCUGGAGUGCAACAAGCAUGUCGACUUCCAUCUUGAUUAUAAUCUAGAUGCCGGGAAAGAAGCCCUGGUAUGGUUUGUUCUGCACACGCUGAAGGAGAAAGGUUGGACAGCGCACUCGACGGACAAGCGGGUCAUGCUGGGACAUUGUACCCGACUGACGUUGUUCAGUGAUGAGGAAUGGGAGCUUCUUUCCAAGGAGAUCCGUGACAAUCACCUCCCUAUUAGCUUUGUUGGGUUACCGACGAGCGAUAUGUAUAUGGCGUCGCCGUCAUCGAAGAGCAAUGACCGACCACGGGGCACACUGCAGAUUCUGGAAAUGAUCAACAAGCACGGUCUGGACGCGGUAAUUGGCAUCAAUAACGUCGGCAAUGCGUUCACGCCCUGGGGCUCUGAAGACCCGCUGUCGCUGGCGUGUCUGGGAAUGGGAGUCUAUCAGGCUGGUACCACAGCAAAUGCUGAGCUAUUGUAUGAGUGCGUGUCGACCAGGGCUCGUGCGGCAAUCGGGCUAUCGCCCUCAGAGGCUAGUUUGACUUUGACUCAAGGAGAUGGCGCAGAUAUUCUCUUGUUUUAUGAUGUUGAUGAUACCGGCUGCAACGUGUCGAGGCCGAGACAUGGUGUGGCAGGCAUUGUCUGGGACCCGCCAGCGAAGACAAGCAGGGAGGUCGUAGUUGCCGGUCGAUUGAAGGCUUCCUCGUGUUCAUUAUGUCCGAACUCCGCAUAUCGCUUCGUAUAGCGAUAAGUCAGAGGAAUCCUAUUGACGGUGAAUGGAAGUGUAUUGAUCGCUAAGCAAACCUCAAAUACCCGAAAUAGACACCACCCAGCAAU